AUGAAACACCGUCCAGACGACUCCGGAGAGUUUGAGGGCAUUGAGGUCAACAAGGAGUCUCAACAUUUUAAAAGCAAGAUCAGGAUGAUCUGAGUAUUUCUGUAUUAGCCAAAGGUCCCAAAACACUUGUGCUGUACUUGUACAACACCUGACUGUCUUGAACCAAAAUACUUUCCAGACCAAUCCUCAUUGUGAAUUUGGGCCUAGUACAAUUCUGCACAACAACCACCACCAGCAACCAGUAGAAACUCUAUACAAGCAAAUGAGGUCACAUUCGCCCAGCCUGAUAGGAUGGUGACGGGAGAGAAUCACUGUGUCCCGAGAUACAACUAGAAAGGGAAAGAGGAGCAGAAGACGAUUCUAGCAGCCAAAGAUGAUACCGGAAACGCUAGGAGCUGUGUCCUCCUAACAUAUGCGAAGGGUCUCAGCCCAUCUGCCAGACCUGCAUCUGCUCUCUCUCAGGGACGGGGCACAUACGGCUCUCUACAUGACUGCAGCCCUCCUCCUUAUCUCCUCUCUCAAACUCGUCUUACCUUAGCCAAGCUGAGUCUCCAUCUGCCUUCUUCCAUACGUUUCAAAACAACAGACCCUGUUUAGAAGACAGUAUAGUGAUAGUUUAGUGACUUUGGGAACAUCCCAAAUAACCAGUAUCUUAAGUUCAGAACUAGCUUCAUAUUUAAAUCAUUUGACAGAUAUAAAGCCUUCUUGGCAAUUAUUAUCGACUCCAGAAAGUCUUUCAAAUCUCUGCCGUAGCUCCACUAGCAACUUUCAUAGUGCUAGUGUAUAACCGUUAAUGCCUGCAAAACUGCUGUGUUGACUUUGUACCGGGAUGUACAGUAGGGACAAAGUAGGCUAAAUGGAAACUAGAGUGGCACUCUCAUACAGUUGAGGUACGUCAUAAGUCAUCAAACUGUAGCAGACAGACAUACAGACACUGGAACUGAAAAACUAUAAGCACUCACACAUAUGGCCUGUGCUUUAGGAAGAAAGACAAGAAUACACUUAGUGCCAUGCUUGUUGGAAGGCUUUUCUGCCUUACACAGUGUCUAACCAGUGUCUACCAUUUCCCACUAUCCUAAUAUUGGUCAGAAGCCAAGAGACCUCUUCAGGGAAUUUAUAACCACAGUCUUAUAUUAGGAUUGGAGAGUCCUCAGCCAUCUCGUUAGAGUACUACAACUGGCACCACACCUUGAAACAAAGACCUUUGAGCUGCUUACCCUGGUCAAUUAUUCAUCUGACUGGAUUCAGGCCUGAUGGACAGGAUUUGUGAGGAUCUGCUGAGCUUUUAAAGGCCCAGUGCAGUCAAAAUGUGCUUUUCCUUUGUUUCAUAUACAUUUCCACACUAUGACGUUGGAAUAAUACUGUGAAAUUGUGAAAAUUAUGAUAAUGCCUUUUAGUGUAAGAGCUGUUUGAGUUUUGGCCUGCCUGGUGACAUCACCAGGUGAUAAAUUAGUUAAUAGACCACAACAGGUAGCUUAGUGGUUAAGAGCGUUGGGCCAGUAACUGAAAAGCAGACUAGGUGAAAAAUUUGUCCAUGUGCCCUUGAGCAAGGCACUUAACCCUAAUUGCUCCUGUAAGUCGCUCUGGAUAGGAGCGUCUGCUAAAUGACUAAAAUGUCAAUGUAAAAUGUAAUAAAUCAAAGAGUUCCAUACCUCUCUGCCAAUAACAGCUAGUUUUUUGUUUUGGCCUCCCCACCCAGACCACUCUGACAGUCGUCGCGAAAUUCUUGCUUGAGAAAUUGCUCUUUGCUAAGACAAUAUUUUUGUUUCUUUUUGACCGUUUUAAUUGAAAGUAAUCACAUUAUGGUACUUAAUUGUUACCCAGAAAUGAUCUGAUAUUGAGAUAAAAAUGGCUGCAUUAUUUUACAUUUUAAUUAUUUAGCAGACACUCUUAUCCAGAGCGACUUUACUGUAGUGUCACGCCCUGACCUGGAGAGACUGUUAUUCUCUAGGUAGUUUGGUCAGGGUGUGAAACUCUAUGUAUUGUAUUUCUAUGUUUGGCCGGGUGUGAUUCCCAAUCAGAGGCAGCUGUCGCUCGUUGUCUCUGAUUGGGGAUCAUACUUAGGCAGCCAGUUUUCCUGUCUUGUUUGUGUUUCGGUGUGUUUGGCUUGUUUGUGUAUAGCCUUCCGACGUCACGGUUCGUUGCGUUUUGUUUUUUUGUACGUGUUUAUCCAGUUUAAUAAACAUGUUCGCAUACCACGCUGCACCUUGGUCUGACCCGUCUCUCAACGAUCGUGACAGAAGAUCCCACCCCCAACGGACCAAGCAGCGUGCCCAGGAGCAGCAGACACCCUGGACUCAGGUGGAGGAGCAGAGAUCAUGGACUUGGGGGGAGAUAAGAGAGGAUCUGGCCAAGCAUAUGGAGGCCCUGAAAGGGAUGAGGGUGGAGAAGGUGAGUGUAGCCGAUAAAGGACCCUGGGCGAAGGAGGAGGCCCAGGUUGGAGAGAAACAGUGACUUAAUAGGACGCGGUAAUGAAGAAAGCCCAAGAAGCAGCCCCAAGAAAAGUUUGGGGGGGGGGCACACGGGGUGGUUGGUGGAGCCAGGGUUCAGAGCAGAGCCAACUCCCCUUACUCACGCUAGGAAGUGUGUGACCGUGCAGGCUCCGUGUUAUGCGGAGCUACGCACUGUGUCGCCAGUGCACCGGCACAGUCCAGUGCGUCCUGUGCUAGCGCCACGCACGUGCCGUGCGAAAAUGGGCAUCCAGCCAGGACGGGUUGUGCCGGCUCAACGCUCCUGGUCUCCAGUAAGCCUCCUCGGUCCAGCAUAUCCUGCGCCGGUUCUACGUACUGUGUCGCCAGUGCGCAUGCACAACCCAGUGCGUACUGUGCUAAUGCCACACACGUACUGUGCGGAAGUGGGCAUCCAGCCAGGACGGGUUGUGCCAGCUCUACGCUCCAGACCUCCAGUGCGCCUCCACAGUCCGGUACGCCCCGUACCUGCUCCCCGCACCAAACCAGUGGUGCCUGUCGCCAGCCCCGUACGCCCCGGACCUGCUCCCCGCACCAAACCAGUGGUGCGCGUAUCCAGUCCGGCACGACCCGUGCCUGCUCCUCGCACCAGACCAGUGGUCCCUGUCGCCAGCCCGGUACGCCCCGUACCUGCUCCCCGCACCAAACCAGUGGUGCGCGUAUCCAGUCCGGCACGACCCGUGCCUGCUCCUCGCACCAGACCAGUGGUGCGUGUUCCCAGUCCAGCUCCGGUCAGCGGUUCCACUCCAGAGCCAGAGCAGUCCGCUCCACCGGUGCCAAGUCCAGCUCCGGUCAGUGGUUCCACUUCGGAGCCAGAGCAGUCCGCUCCACCGGUGCCAAGUCCAGCUCCGGUCAGCGGCUCCACUCCGGAGCCAGAACUGUCCGCUCCACCGGUGCCCAGUCCAGCUCCAGUCAGCGGAUCCACUCCGGAGCCAGAGCAGUCCGCUCCACCGGUGCCUAGUCCAGCUCCGGUCAGCGGUUCCACUGCGGAGCCAGAGCAGUCCGCGCCACCGGGGUCCAGUUCAGCUCCGGUCAGCGGCUCCAUUCCAGACCCAGAAGUCAGCCUCUAUCCAGGGUCGGGGUCUCCCACACCAGUGUCCAGACAGGGCUUGGUGCAUCGUGGGAGGAAGGAGAGGGGAAGCAUCGCGCCGAGGUCCAGACCAGACCAGGGGCGCAACGGGGAGGCAGAGAGGGAGAGGUCGUCACGCCCGGAGCUGGAUCCGCCUCCGAGGCGGAAUGCCCACCCGGACCCUACCCUAAUGAGUCAAGUUGGUGCGGCCGGAGUACGCACCUUUGGGGGGGGGGGGGGGGGUACUGUCACGCCCUGACCUGGAGAGACUGUUAUUCUCUAGGUAGUUUGGUCAGGGUGUGAAACUCUAUGUAUUGUAUUUCUAUGUUUGGCCGGGUGUGGUUCCCAAUCAGAGGCAGCUGUCGCUCGUUGUCUCUGAUUGGGGAUCAUACUUAGGCAGCCAGUUUUCCUGCCUAGGUUGUGGGAUCUUGUUUGUGUUCCUGUUUGGUUUGUUUCGGUUAUAGCCCAUAGGACUUCACGGUUUCGUUGAUUUUGUUAUUUUGUCUAGUGUUUAUCCAGUUUAAUUCACAUGUUCGCAUACCACGCUGCACCUUGGUCUGACCCGUCUCUCAACGAUCGUGACAUGUAGUGAGUGCAUAAAUGUUCAUACUUUUUAUUUAUUUAUAUGAGAUACAAUAUCUCUACAUAGUGUGGGUCAAUUUGUUCAUAAAACAGGUACUUUCGAUCCUGUAUGCUGAUUGGCUGAAACAGCAUUCCAGCCAUGUGUAAAUCAGUCUUAGUUUUGUGUAAGAGUAGCUUGAUGCUGGCUUGAUGUUUCACUAACCGAAGAGGUCCUAUGUUAUUGGAUUAGCUCUCAGUGCUGUGUUUCCUUGGUUCUGCAACGUAACAGCCUGGACACAAUAGACUAAGUCAGAGGCUGAUAUAAGGAGUAGAACAGGUUACGUGGUUUUCAAGAACUCCUUCAACAAUUGAUUUGACCUUAUCCAACCUGAAUUAAACAGUUCUGACAUUUUGUUUAGGGUCAACCUAUCAGGGAAAAAGAAACCAGGAAGGAGUACCCUUGAGGGAUUUGUAAGUGAUUUCUGUAGGACAAGGGACUUGUUUUGCUGUUAACUCUGCCGGUCUUUUGCUUGUACAUCCCUGAGAAGUACAUUGGGAUUUAAAAGAAUUCCCUUGUUGACACUAAGACAAUGCCUUGAGUGUUGUCUUAGUGAGCUCAGAUUCAGAUUUGUGUACAGUAAGUUAGCUAGUAUCCAUUCCUGGUACGGUGAUUUAGCUGCGAACAGAUUCAUAGCCUAGCUAAACCAGACUGAAUGCUGCCUUCACCCAUGCACAAUGGUGAGAGUAGCGUUCAGUCGGGUUUAACCAGGCUAACAGAAGCAGCCUUGGCCUCAUUAAUUUCUGUCCUAAUUAUUUGUGCCCUCUCAGUGAAACCUCAAAGGCCAUCUGUUCUGCUAAAAACAGCCCAGAGUACAGCCAUUCACACCAAUCCUCUCUCCCGCCCAGCCCAGGUCCCAAUCUCCCUCCCUGCCCGGGGCCCAAUCUCUCUGGCUGCACUCUAAGGUGACUUCUCCCAGGGAUUCACAGGAUAUUAAUGCUAGGAACCCUCAUGCCUCUCCAUCUAACAAAUGAUGAUGACACCACCAUUCCCCCUGGAUCAGGUCUAAACCUGGUAAUGCCAGUGUAAAGCCAGCACAUACAGGGUCCAUCAGCGCCUUGGUUGGCACAAUGGCGAGGUGAGACAGAAAGAGUAGUCACUUACUACAGUUCAGACUGGAAUACAAAGUAGUCUAUGUGUCAGGUUUGUAGAGGUUGUUCAGUAAUAGUAAAAUAAAAUAAAAAGAUAAGUAAAAGAUAGUGUUAUUAAGCAAUACUAAAUAAGGGUUUUUACUGUGGGUCAAAUUCAGAAUUUGCGUUUGAUGUUUUCUUUGAGCUUCUUAUCAAUGUAAAACACAGUGUCAUAACUUAUUUUUAGGGAACACAUAAUAAAUAUUUGAUAAUGGUCUAGUAUUAGUUUCUAAAUGUAUUCCAGGCUCUGAAAGGAGCCAGUUUUAUAUUUUCAACUCAAAAUGUCAUCAGUUGUGGAAACUGAAAUGGAAAAAGAAAAAUCUAUUUUGAAAAGACCUACCAUCUUCUUUUGAAAUGAAGCUAUACGAGCUAGUAACGAUGUAAUUCAGAAAGAUGUUUCCUGUCUCAUAAAGCGGCAUGGUACAUCUUUGUAUAGUAUCACCCCUGUUUGUCCGCCUGCCCUGUUGUAAAUCUUCAAGAUAAGGGAUAUGUGUUGUGUUGCGUAACAGUUAAGAGAGUUAAAAAUAGCUUAUAAAUGGCCCGAGCUUUAAAACCUAAACCAGCAUGAAAGAUCAAGGAUGGACUGGAAAUGUACUUAGUGUCUUGUUUUUACACUUAUUUGAAGGCUCAAAUGAUUACCUGAAUGGGGCCAUGUGACAAUACAUUAGCAAAAUAACAGUGUUCGUUCCUAAAACACGUGUGCAAAAUAUAACCUACUGUAUGCUAAUACGCAGGAUUUUCAAAUUGGAUGGCCAGAGUUGGUGAUCACAGUGAUACUGGCAAAAGAUGAGUCUUCUGUUCUAGUGCUGAAGUAACACUACUGUAACUGUAUAUGACUCCUGCUGUUGUUUACAAUCCCUUUCACAGUAUUGAUCCGUAGCUCAAUCCUCAGGCAACUGUGGAGGUGGGUGAGAGGUGUAGGGAAUGGUGGGGGGAGGCAUCUGCUGUUCCAGUACCUUCAGAGCUCCUUUAACAGUAGGCAGGGGGCUCGAGGAGCACACUGACCUGAGAAAACUGCAGGACACCUCACUGUGGGAGUGUGUGUUUUAAUGAGCAUGCCAUGUCAUUGUCACAAGGUGAGUGUGAGUGCGAGCAUGCGUGCGUGUUGGAUUUCCUAGAAAGGGCCUAAGUCAGUAUCCUUUUCAUUAUGCAUUCACAACACACAAUAUUUCAAAGUUGUUCGGGGGGGAAAUGAUGUUUCAUGCUCAAGUAUCCCACUCUCACCACUAAUACUGUACCUGUCUUAAAGGGCAAUAGCGACAAAUGUUGACAAUUUGUCUAUGCUCCUAAACUCCUCUGACUCGUUGUUGGACUGUCUGUCGAAGUACGCACCUCUCACUCAGGGAGAGCGAGGUAGAGCUAGAGCGAGAGCUACAUCAUAGGGUUUUACAGCCUCCCACUCACUGCAGCGCUAGAUAGAACUUUGUGGAUUAACGCAAAUCUACGACAAAUAUAAAUGUUCUGUCACAGCGAAAAUACCACAUUCGGGAAGUCCAAUCGAUUGUGAGAUAUGGCAUAUACAUUCUUAUGUGAUACAUUUGGGUCACAAUUUUGAAUUUUUCUGAGUUCUCUGCCAAGCAAGGAGGAAACAGCAGCCAUCUCAUGCAACAACAGACACGAGGGGGCUCCUCAUAAACACAACACACUGGCAGUUUUCAAAAUAGCCUAUAUCAUACUAGCAUAUCACCCAACACACCUUUUCCUAUGUAGUCAGAAGCAUCAUCAGACCUCGGUAGGAGCCUAUUUCAGUUCUCUCUUUCAGUGCUCUUGAAACCAAGCAGAAAAUCCUGUGUUCUAAAGAUGGCAACGUAGCCAGACAAAUACAUUAGAAGAUAAUUGUCGAUCUGAUCAGAAACACUGUGCUCACAACCUUUAUCUCCUAAAUGAUGUUGCUGGUGUAUUUUGUUAGAAUUUUGGAAUAUAUUGGUUUUUACCAGGCGCGAGUCCAUCUAGGCUGAAGUCCUGUGCGUGAAACACACAUAACAAGUACUGAAGAACAGUUUCACCCACAUUUAAAUAAGAAUAUCAGCCUACCUUUGUCAUGUCAACCAUCUAUCCAAAUCAAAUAAUUCCAUGUGUCCGCCUUUUGUCUUCAUAAACUUUCACAUAGCCUAUUCCAUGAUCUGGGGUAAUCCAAUGAACAACACUGCAGCUGUUGAUAGCAGUGAUCAUCAUUCAUCACAUAUGCUAUAUAUAAUCAAUACACGACUUUCAAGGAGUAGGGUAUUUGAUGCAAGAGUAUUUGAUGCCAACAUAGGCUAUAAGAAUACUUUUCCAUUUGAUCAAAUUAGCCUACAUUAUCACAUUCUCUUGCUCGCUCUAGGAAGGUAAUUUGGCCCUGUCUUGCAAAGGAAAUCCUCUGUAUAAUGUUGUAAAUUAUUGUCAUUAUUCUACCGAUUUUAAAAAUGUAAAUGUAGGCUAAUAAUACAUGUAAUAAUAGCAUAUUUGAUCUACCCCAAUGGACUUGGACAGUGAGCAUAAAUUGCAUUUCGAUAGCCUAGGUACUGAUGUAGGCAUCUAUCUAUUUAUUAUAUCUGAAAACAGAAAUGAAUUUACAAGGAUAUGUUCACUGUCAGCUGGCUACUGUAGGAAAGUUACAAUCUAAUGAGACGUGUUACAUAAAUUAGUCUUAUAGCCCAUAUGUGUCAUCCUAUGAAGUGGACGCUAUGUUGCACCCCCACUAGUCUUUCCCUCUCAUUUUUGUAGAUAUCUUCUGCUGUAAUGAUCUGAUCACUCCAUGCAACGAGGGAUGUAGCCUACAGUCAGAGAGAAGAUGGACAAUGUUGAUUGGCAGGUGAAAUGAUUUCCAAUGGGGUCGCAAGGUAAAAGUGGAAGGCGGGAUUAGGUCGGCUCCUUUCCUCCUUGCUUGGCAGAGAUCUCAGAAAAUGAAAAAUUGUGAAUCCGCUGCCCAAAUGUAUCACAUAAAAUAUUUAUGCCAUAUCUCACAAUCUAAUAUAGUAUUUUCGCUGUGACAGAACUUUUAUAUUUGUCGUAGAUUUGCGUUAAUCCACAAAGUUCUAUCUAGCGCUGCAGUGAGUGGGAGGCUGUAUAACCCUAUGAUGUAGCUCUCGCUCUAGGUCUACCUCGCUCGCCCUGAGUGAGAGAGGUGCGUACUUCGACAGACAGUCCAACAACGAGUCAGAGGAGUUUAGGAACAUGGACACAUUUUCAGAAUUUGCUGUUAUUCCCCUUUAAUUACAGUAUAUACCAUGAAAGCAUACUGCUCUCACAGUGAGUGCAGUAUAUACCAUGAAAGCAUACUGCUCUCACAGUGAGUGCAGUAUAUACCAUGAAAGCAUACUGCUCUCACAGUGAGUGCAGUAUAUACCAUGAAAGCAUACUGCUCUCACAGUGAGUGCAGUAGGCUUGGCCAUUAGCCAAUACAUCAACAUGUCCUUUAAACCAGGGCUGAAGUCUCCUCCAACAGAUUAGACUGAUACACCUGUUUGGCUAGAGGUCAUACAACCUGAGAGCCUGCUGUGCUACUCUACAGAUUAUACUGUAUUACUUGCACAGUCUUGAAUCUAUGAUAAACCAAUUGAUCUAGGGGCCAACAAAUUACAAGCCAUGUUAAGCAUACAAUGAAUAAAUUAUCUGUGUUUUUGCUAAACAGUGACAAUUGUUAUCGUCAUCAAUUGUCCUGUCUGUGAACAAGCUCUGAGCAAGAACCGCAAUAACUCGGUCACCCACUGGCACUAUUGUUCGGAGUGGGCCAAUAAGGAAACAAUGGGAACUCUGUGAUGAUCGAUGUGGACUGUACGGAUACAGAUAUCUCAUUGAUAUCCAGCUACAGUUUCACACAAUGCUGUAUAACUGUUAGCUAAGUAUUUUCUGCCUUCAGAAUCUUCAGUACAAUAGCAUUGGCCUUACACUGCUGUUGAUUAUAAGAACAUACAGAGGAACUACCUACCUACAUGAUGAUGAUAUUACAACACAAGUCUUCAGACAAUCAUCUGACCCGCCACCUUUACACGCCACACUGUUCUUCUCAGUAUGCUGUAGCUGGCAGAGAUGACAGGACCUUCCCUGCAGGGACACGCAUCUCAUUCACACCUCUGUUCAGCCCACCAGGUCCCUGUCCCUGUCACAACUACUCCCUGUCACAUCCACAGACUGUGCUCCAAUUUCUGUCAUUUAUUAUGACUGCUAUUAAAUGAAUGUUAUCUACUAGAAACCAGGAUUCGUACUGCAGCCUUAACGGGGAAGAUAGUGUCUAUUUCAGAGGAGCAUAGACCUAGAGGUUUGACAGCUGUCGUACAGCCUUGUAGCCCUGACUCUAGUCGGGGCUCACAGUAGAAUUUCUGACAGUGCUUUCCAUUGUUCAACAGAACACUCUCCCGACCACACACACAGGCUCUGUCCUUCCGUUCUUCAGAGAUAAUGUGCAUUGGUUUAUGGGGAGCUGAACUGCUGAUGUUCUCCUGUAUUAAUGGCAGAGAGAGGAAUCACUGGGGGAGUAGAUGGUGUGCUUCCCAAGAGUUUGGGGGGAUACGGAAACCCCUAUCCUUCCUGAUGUGUGUUCGCAUAGCUAAACCCCUCCACCCCGUCCCAGUCCUCCGCUUCCUGUGUGUUCUGGCUUAUUUGGGAACAUCUUGUAGCAUUGGGACCAGAGCUGGCUGCGUGUCCCACUGGAUGACUGUGCUCAGGUGCCAGGGCGGAUGGGUACGCAGACAGCGAGGGGCCUGACCUGAGAAAGAGGGACCCAUCUGAGGACUGACAGAAAUAGAGCCAGUUUUAUCUUUAGUUCCCUCAUUGAUGUGACAGAUGUGACAAAGCAUGCCCAUAGCCACUAUAUGCGUCAUUCUAGCCUUGCAGCAGCCGUAUCAACUGUAACCCAACAUUGUGGUUUUGCCUAGAAAAUGUGUCAGUUAAGCUGCUAACAUAUUAAUUUUAUGGGCAAGUUACUGAUUUAUUACAAUGAAAUAGUGGGCUAUAAAAUAAGAGUUAAUAAAAUUGCUAAUGAUAACAAAACCAUCAAUAUUUCAUAAAAUACUGUUCAGGGUUUCACUGUGUUCCUCAUCACUAAUGCAGGUUGAGCCCUGCUUCAGUAUGAAGUCCAUCCUCUCCCAGUUUCAGGGGCUGUUGACAGGAACAAACAGGGUCACCCAGCAUGGGUUCCUGUCCUGUCCUGUCACGACAGGAUUUCCUCUGGUACCAAUGUGAUGGUCAUCGUGAGGCUGUCCGUUUUUACAGCUUUCCCUAACAAUGGCCUCAGCACAGCUUUGAGUCUUACACUUCUUGUUGUUUUUGUUAAAGAGGGCCCUUAAUCAUAUUGCUAUAUUCACAGAGAUUCAUUACAAACCCUACAGAAAAUGGUGAGUAAUUGCGCCCAUUGUCAGUAAUGAUAGGGGUCUGGGGUUAGAGGCACUCUGAGCACUAAUUACAUUGAUUGAGUUAGGAGGUCAUUCCCCACCCUUGUUAGGAAAAUAUACAGUAGUUGCAAUUUCCUGUAAUUCUGUUACUUCCUGUUCUGCUACUAAUUAACUGGUUAGUUGAUGCAAAUCCAAGUCGUGAUGUCAGAGGAUUGCUUUAGGAAAAGAUGCCCCCUGUAUUGUAUCUAGCGUAGAAGAUGUUUCCCACUCCAUACCCAACCAUCAUGGGGUGAGAUGUAGAGUGAGGAAGCAGAACAGCAAUGAAUAACUGGACAGCAGAAUAAUAGCAUUAAUUGAAUCAAUUACUUUUAGAUUAUGAGUUGUUAUAAUGCUACGCAGUAAAACAAUAAACAAAAUUGCAGCCAAUAUGGUAAUCAAUCAGUGUUCAGUGCACAUGGAUGAACUGGCAGGUGUGUGUGUAACCUUCACUUGACUCAGGAUAUUUUAGUAGUGAGAGUUCAUUUCCUGUCUGUGUAGUAUGAUAAAGCAUGCCAACACUACCAGGCCAGACAGAUAGAGCCUAGAGAUAGCAGAGUGGGAAUAUAAUUAGCUCAAAUGAACCUGCGGUGACACUGUGUAAGUCUAUUUUGGAAAUGAAUCAAUUACCACUGAAAAGUAAUUGAUUCAUUAAGGCUUGUCAUCGCUCUGGGAAUCAUGGGGUUACAUUUCAAGGAAAUGUCUUUCAAAUGUUUUGUCAGAUUUCUGACAGUGUUUUACAUUUUUUAUUGACUGUCUUGUUCUGUUAGCGCUAAUACAAUACUAUAGCCUGAAGGGAAAAUGGAACCCUAUCAGAUAGAAAUAACUGGUUAGAUAACCAGACAGUAUCCAACUCUUCAAUCAUGUACAUUUACAUUUACAUCAUUUAGCAGACGCUCUUAUCCAGAGCGACUUACAUGUCUCAUCUCUUUCUUUCUGCCCAGAGCAAUAUUAGUCAGGGCAGUCCCAUGUCUGCUCUUUAAAUAGACAGAUCAUAUGGUGGGUGGCCUCACAAUGAAUAAAAGGUGCUUAUAACCGCCUUUCUAUUUAAUACACUUUUUGGUAUUGUUAUUGCUCAUUACUACAGUUUCUGUACAUACAUGAUUAUACAAUCAUUGGUAUUACAAAAUGAGACACACAAUCAGAUGAAUCCUUUUAGUAAGCUAAAGAGAUUGGUUUUAUAUAAGUAAUACAAUCAAAUUAAGGUUUUCGUUGUGAAAAGAGACCUCAUAAUGUUUUUAUCUUUACCUCAACAAUUGAGACUGUAACACUUGGGCCUGGGAGAGCUCAGUGCCAAACCCAGGAUAGAAAGGAGACUCGCAAAGGACUCUAAAUGGGCCAGGAGGGGAGAAAUAUAAUGUUGCAUGUUUAGGAGGUCAGAGAGCUUUGUGUAGCAGGAAAGAUCCACAGAGACAGGAGCAGAGGCCUCUACAAAUCACGACUUCAUGCUAUCUUCCUGGGGCCAUCCGGCUCUUAGGGGCCUUUGUGUCUAUAAUGGAUAUCAGCAGAUGACCUCUCCUUACACCACUUAUGGCCCCAUUCCUCUUGUGCUUCUGUAUGAGACACCUGUGUUUUUCUUGUACAGACCCAGCAUCCUCUAUAUCUCAGGGCUCUCCAACAGUGUUCCUGGAGAGCUACCCUCCUGUAGGUUUUCGCUCCAACCCCAGUUGUAACUAACCUGAUUCAGUUUGAUCAACCAGCUAAUUAUUAGAAUCAGGUGCACUAGAUUAGGGUUGGACUGAAAACCUACAGAACGGUAGCUCUACAGGAACAAGGUUGGAGAAGCAUGCUCUUGCUAUUCUCAUCAUCUUCUAUCCUAGUCCAUACAAAUAUAAAUCAGUAAGGGCUUCAUUUUACCACUAGGUGUCAUAUUUGCCUCAUGCUUAUCUUUACCAAAGCAUUAGAAUAUGUAAUGUUCGUCUUUGUAGGCCUACAGUAUAGGACUGAACCAGGAAAUCUACAGUGCUGUGAAAAAGUAUUUGCCCCCUUUCUAAGUUUCUCUACUUUUGCAUAUUUCUGAUACUGAAUGUUAUCAGAUUUUCAACCAAAACCUAAUGUUAGAUAAAGGGAACCUGAGUGAACAAAUAACACCACAAUUACAUACUUAUUUCAUUAAUUUCAUAAACAAAGUUAUGCAAAACCCAAUGCCACUGUGCGAAAAAUGAAUUGCCCCCUUACACUCAAUAACUGGUUGUGCCACCUUUAGCUGCAAUGACUCCAACCAAACGCUUCCUGUAGUUGUUGAUCAGUCUCUCACGUCUCUGUGGAAGAAUUUUGGCCCACUCUUCCAUGCAGAACUGCUUUAACUCAGCGACAUUUGUGGGUUUUCAAGCACGAACUGCUCGUUUCAAGUCCUGCCACAACAUCUCAAUUGGGAUUAGGUCUGGACUUUGACUAGGCCACAUUAGCCUAUGUCACAACAGAAAUACAUGUUGAGUCUUGGUGCAUAUUAGACUGUAGACAUCACAUCCCAGCUUGACUGUCUCUGUGACCAUCAUACAGGAUGCAGUACACGUGUCUUUUGAAUAUCAUCAUCACAUGCUUACUUGACACAGAUCAUACACGCAACCAUUGGGGUUGAUGUUUCCUUCCUCACAACAUAAGUAGAUCAUGAUUGCUAAUAGAGAAACAUGUUGCUAGUUUCUGAGAAUCAUUUCAAUACUUUUCCCACAUAUGGCCUGAGUGGUAUUGUUAGUUGCACUAAUCGUACAGUGAAAUGUUGUUGUUAAUGUGUUACAAAGGCCGGUACGAGUCUUAGAGGACUGGGAGGUCAAAGUGUUUCCUCUCAACUCACGAUCUCAUCUCAGACAGGAAGUAUUGUAGCUACAGUUAUACCAACACAACACCAAGACUGUACAAAGCAGACAACAAAAACAUUUUAGGACUUACAGCAGGCAGAUCAGUCAUAACUUUGAAUGCUGCAUAUUUCUGCAGACUGACUGUGUCACGCCCUGGCUCUGGGGACUCUAGUAUGUUGAGCCAGGGUGUGAGUUUUCAUUUGUUUUUCGUUCUAGUUUAGUAUUUCUAUGUUGGCCAGUGUGGUUCUCAAUCAGAGGCAACGUGUAUCAGCUGUUGCUUGUUGUCUCUGAUUGGGAACCAUACUUAAGCAGCCAGUUUUCCCACAGUGUUUUUGGGAUCUUGUUCCAAUUAGGUUUGUGUUUGAUCCAAGGACGUCACGUUAUCGUUUUGUUGUUUUUGUUUGUGUAUCAUUUAAUAAAAAGUAUGUUCACCUUCCACGCUUUGCCUUGGUCCUCUGUUCCCGACGAUCGUGACAGACUGACUUUGCAGUGCAGUAAACAACAGAUACUUCCUCCUAUAGAGCAUAAUGAAGUCAACUUUAAUAGUUUCUGUUGGGUGCUUCCCCUGCCAUGAGGAACAUCGGGUCUUCUUUUCCUCAUAGCUUACAUUGCUGUUCCUACCUGGGAAGGUUUUUGCGUGUCUAUCAUUGUGACAUAUAGUAUUGGUAGCUAAGUUACGUAAUGUUGUUAGGUUGGAAUGCAACACAACUGCAAUAUUAUAGUAUAAUAGGAUAAUAUCCACAUAUUAGCACCUCCUGAAGGACUGUGUUAUUGACUAAAUAGUUAUUUAGUUUUUAGAAUGUUUAUGAUGCUGCAGACAGUCAUUUAGUUGUGUUGUCUUUGAGUUGAUUUCUGCUAUUGCUACUGUGUUGUGAGACUAGUGUUAAGGAAAUGCCCAAUCAAUUAUUACUCUAGUCUAGGUGCUGUCUGGCAGCUCACGCAGUAAAUACCCUCUUUGUUUUCCCAUAGCUGUCUCUCUAAGCCCCCCCACACCUCACCCCUCUCAGUGAGAUAUGAUGUUAACCCCUUGCAGAGUGCUUGCGGAAAUCUGUCUGGUAGUAGGAACCGUUACAAGUCUCAGUUACUCAUCAGAGCCCUGGGCCAGGGCACUGUCACAGCUGGUGUGUAUAAUCACUCUCCCUUGUAGCAGUGGGAGUCAGGUUAGAUCUUCAAUCCAAUCAGAGCUCACUCUGAAAGGGCAGGCCUGGCGUCACCCUUUCCUAUCUCUCUCUGAGGCUGGAGUGACUGUAGCAGAGAGGUAGAGACAGAGUUUAGGUUAACAGUGGCUGAGGACACAGGGCUCAGUGUAUGAUCGGGGAGGUGGCUGGAGUAAAGACACAAGUGAGUCAUUACAGGGUGGGACUUAGCGUGAAUGACAGGUGGAGAGGGGUUUUGACUAGAUGGUAUACAGCUACGGACGGUAGUGACUUUUUCGUAGUAGGUUAGGAGAACUUAUGCCAGCAGGAUAGGAUAAUUAACAUAGCAGGUUAGGAGAAUUAGGUUAAGGUUAGGGCUAGCUCAAAUUCUCUCCUAACCUGCUACGAAAAGUCACUUCCAUCUCUAGCUGUACUCCAUCUAGUCACAACCAUGGAAAGGGGCGUGGGUUAAUGCGAGGUAACGGACACUCAGAACCUCCACUCUGUUGCUAUGGGUAACAGAUCAGGGUAUCACGGUCAUGUCAUGACGCCGCCCCGGUCUCAGUCACAGUGCCGGACAGCUGGCCCCUGGGUGCAUCGCUGGGGGACAAACUGACCCGUCCGAAACGAUUACCUCCACACUCCCUCUCCUGGCCAUGCUGCCCCAAGGCCCUUAGCAGGGAGGAAGGUUCUUCUUUAAAUUACUGUUGUAGCGAACACUUGUCUGUGAGCUUUUACUCAUGGAGCCUGCAUUGAAAAUGCAGAACUAAGCCUUGCUUUGAAGUUUAAAAUUGAUGGACCACAUAGAACAGCUUCUAUAUGUGAAUGUGAAAAAAGGCAUAUAAAAAUGUAUGACUUGGUAUGCACUAUACAGGGUUGAUUGAUUGAUUUUAUUUGCCAAUUUAAAAAAAAAAUACAUAUUAUACACAGUACAUCAACAAUGGUUAUUAAUAAUUAUUGUGAUAUCUGCCUACAGUAUAUCGUCAACCCCCCCUCCCUCCCCCCCACCCCCUCUACCCAGGCCUCGGUGGUAGCUACUUGUUUGUGUGGUGAGUCAUGCCUACCUACGCCUGGGUCACCAAGUCUGCUCCUCCUCCGUGUUCAAGGCCGCCUGUGCUGCUGUGAGUGACUCACUGCCUCUCUCCACUCCUUCCAUUUAAGAAGGUUAUGGCCUAAAAACAUAUAUUAGACCCUGGAUACGCAUUUUGGCAAAUUGCAAACUGCAGGUGGAGAGGGGCCUGGUUUCGUGUUUCCAUGACAACAUAUUUAAGUGAAAUCACAGCAUCGAUCAGACAAAGUGGGCUUCUGACAGACUCAGAUCUCCAGUUACAGAAGAAUCGAAAGGUGAGAGCAUUUGGAAGAGGAUGUUGUUCUGGUACUUUGUAAAGACUGAAGCUCCUAGAGUUACAAUGCCUUCAGAAAGUAUUCAUACCCCUUGACUUUUCCACAUGUUGUUGUGUUACAGCCUGAAUUCAACAUGGAUUAAAUUGUUAUUUUUUCUUCACCCAUCUACACCCCAUAAUGUUUUCACACCCCUGAUUCAAUACUUUGUAGAAGCACCUUUGACAGCAAUUAUAGCUGUGAGUCUUUCUGGGUAAGUCUCUUAAGAGCUUUCCACACCUGGAUUGUGUAACAUUUGCCCGUUAGUCUUUAAAACAUUCUUCAAGCUUUGUUAAAUUGGUUGUUGAUCAUUGCUAGACAGCCAUUUUCAAGGCUUGCCAUAGAUUUUCAAGCCAAUUUAAGUCAAAACUGUAACUCAGCCACUCUGGAACAUUCACUGUCUUCUUGGUAAGCAACUCCAGUGUAGAUUUGGCCUUGUUUUAGGUUAUUGUCCUGCUGAAAGGUGAAUUCAGCUCCCAGUGUGGUGGAAAGCAGACUGAAGCAGGUUUUCCUCCAGGAUUUUGCCUGUGCUUAGCUCCAUUCCAUUAAUUUUUUAUCCUGAAAAACUCCCCAGUUCUUAACGAUUACAAGCAUACCCAUAACAUGAUCCAGCCACCAUUAAUGCUUGAAAAUAUGGAGAGUGUUACUCCGUAAUGUGUUGUAUUGGAUUUGUCCCAAACAUAACACUUUGUAUUGAGGACAAAAAGUUAAUUGCUUUGCCACAUUUUUCGCAGUAUUGCCUUGUUGCAAAUAGGAUGCAUGUUUUGGAAUAUUUUCGAAUAUUUUGUAUUCUGUACAGGCUUCCUUCUUUUCACUGUCAAUUAGGUUAAUAUUUUGGAGUAACUACAAUGUCCGUUUUCUCCUAUCACAGCCAUUAAACUGUAACUUUUUUAAAGUCACCAUUGGCCUCAUGGUGAAAUCCCUGAACGGUUUCCUUCCUCUCCAGCAACUGAGUUAGGAAGGACGCCUGUAUCUUUGUAGUGACUGGGUGUAUUGAUACACCAUCCAAAGUAUAACUUUAUUUAAUUUUUAUAUUUUUGGGAUCAUUUGUGAGAAGGAGGCAGUGAUACUUUCUUUAAAGUCUCACUGCCUCCUUCUCACAAAUGAUCCCAAAAAUAUAAAAAUUAAAUAAAGUUGGUUCAACACAGUGGCGGGUCAUUUUGACCCUAGGACAACGGGAGGGUUAAUAACUUCACCAUGCACAAAGGGAUAUUCAAUGUCAAUUCAAUUUAUUUUUACCCAUCUACCAAUAGGUGCCCUUCUUUGCGAGGUGUUGGAAAACCUCCCUGGUCUUUGUGGUUGAAUCUGUGUUUGAAAUUCACUGCUUGACUGAGGGACCUUACAGCUAAUUGUAUACAGUGAGGGAAAAAAGUAUUUGAUCCCCUGCUGAUUUUGUACGUUUGCCCACUGACAAAGAAAUGAUCAGUCUAUAAUUUUACUGGUAGGUUUAUUUUAACAGUGAGAGACAGAAUAACAACAAAAAAAUCCAGAAAAACACAUUUCAAAAAUGUUAUAAAUUGAUUUGCAUUUUAAUGAGGGAAAUAAGUAUUUGACCCCCUCUCAAUCAGAAAGAUUUCUGGCUCCCAGGUGUCUUUUAUACAGGUAAUGAGCUGAGAUUAGGACCACACUCUUAAUGGGAGUGCUCCUAAUCUCAGUUUGUUACCUGUAUAAAAGACACCUGUCCACAGAAGCAAUCAAUCAAUCAGAUUCCAAACUCUCCACCAUGGCCAAGACCAAAGAGCUCUCCAAGGAUGUCAGGGACAAGAUCAGGGCCAUCUGAAGUUUGCCAAUGAACAUCUGAAUGAUUCAGAGGAGAACUGCGUGAAAGUGUUGUGGUCAGAUGAGACCAAAAUCGAGCUCUUUGGCAUCAACUCAACUCGCUGUGUUUGGAGGAGGAGGAAUGCUGCCUAUGACCCCAAGAACACCAUCCCCACUGUCAAACAUGGAGGUGGAAACAUUAUGCUUUGGGGGUGUUUUUCUGCUAAGGGGACAGGACAACUUCACCGCAUCAAAGGGACGAUGGACGGGGCCAUGUACUGUCAAAUCUUGGGUGAGAACCUCCUUCCCUCAGCCAGGGCAUUGAAAAUGGGUCAUGGAUGGGUAUUCCAGCAUGACAAUGACCCAAAACACACGGCCAAGGCAACAAAGGAGUGGCUCAAGAAGAAGCCCAUUAAGGUCCUGGAGUGGCCUAGCCAGUCUCCAGACCUUAAUCCCAUAGAAAAUCUGUGGAGGGAGCUGAAGGGUCGAGUUGCCAAACGUCAGCCUCGAAACCUUAAUGACUUGGAGAAGAUCUGCAAAGAGGAGUGGAACAAAAUCCCUCCUGAGAUGUGUGCAAACCUGGUGGCCAGCUACAAGAACCGUCUGACCUCUGUGAUUGCCAACAAGGGUUUUGCCACCAAGUACUAAGUCAUGUUUUGCAGAGGGGUCAAAUACUUAUUUCCCUCAUUAAAAUGCAAAUCAAUUUAUAAAAUUUUUGACAUGCGUUCUUCUGGAUUGUUUUGUUGUUAUUCUGUCUCUCACUGUUCAAAUAAACCGAAAAAUUAAAUUAUAGGCUGAUCAUGUCUUUGUCAGUGGGCAAACAUACAAAAUCAGCAGGGGAUCAAAUACUUUUUUCCCUCACUGUCAGGGGUGCUGAAGGUGGGUGUGGUGCAGGAAUCAAGCGCAGGACGCAGAAGCUAAGUCCAAAAGACUUUAAUGAAUUAUUCACGUAGUAAACGAGCACAAUAAGCCCGGAGGCGAAAUAAAGGCGCACACAGGCGUCAAAUAAAAGGCGCACUAACAUGUGCGAAAACCUCUCCAAACAACGGAGGGAAGUACGUAGCUCAGAACACCAAAACAGAAGAGCAAUCACACACAACACCAUACACACACAACAAGAACUAAAUAGGACACUAAUGAGGACUAACUAGACACAGGUGUACAACAUCAAGACAAAACCAAACGAACAUGAAACAUAGAUCGGUGGCAGCUAGUACUCUGGGGACGACGACCGCCGAAACCUGCCCGAACAAGGAGGAGGAGCAGCCUCGGCCGAAACCGUGACACUCACUGUAUAGCUAACGUUAGCUAUGUUAGCUAUCAACUAUUCAUGUAGCUAGCUAGCUACCUAGAUAGCUAGUUAGUGUUUGUUAAUCACUACAGAUGGUGGUGUGCAAAACCACUAGCUAAAUAUUCACCCAUGCAUUUUAACGUUAUAGGCAACAACAGUACAGCUAACUCAGUGCCAUUAUCCCCGGAAGGUGAGGUAUUGAAAACAGGGGUGUCAAUCAUUUUUUAGAAAAAAAGUAUUACUUGUUAAACAAAAUAUUUUUCUCUGAGCAAUUGUAUUAGUAACUAUGUAAGACAAAAUGAGAAAAAAAAUUCCAGAAAAUCACAUUGUAGGAUUUUUUAUGAAUUUAUUUGCAAAUUAUGGUGGAAAAUAAGUAUUUGGUCACCUACAAACAAGCAAGAUUUCUGGCUCUCACAGACCUGUAACUUCUUCUUUAAGAGGCUCCUCUGUCCUCCACUCGUUACCUGUAUUAAUGGCACCUGUUUGAACUUGUUAUCAGUAUAAAAUACACCUGUCCACAACCUCAAACAGUCACACUCCAAACUCCACUAUGGCCAAGACCAAAGAGCUGUCAAAGGACACCAGAAACAAAAUUGUAGACCUGCACCAGGCUGGGAAGACUGAAUCUGCAAUAGGUAAGCAGCUUGGUUUGAAGAAAUCAACUGUGGGAGCAAUUAUUAGGAAAUGGAAGACAUACAAGACCACUGAUAAUCUCCCUCGAUCUGGGGAGAUCUCACCCCGUGGGGUCAAAAUGAUCACAAGAACGGUGAGCAAAAAUCCCAGAACCACACGGGGGGACCUAGUGAAUGACCUGCAGAGAGCUGGGACCAAAGUAACAAAGCCUACCAUCAGUAACACACUACGCCGCCAGGGACUCAAAUCCUGCAGUGCCAGACGUGUCCCCCUGCUUAAGCCAGUACAUGUCCAGGCCCAUCUGAAGUUUGCUAGAGUGCAUUUGGAUGAUCCAGAAGAGGAUUGGGAGAAUGUCAUAUGGUCAGAUGAAACCAAAAUAUAACUUUUUGGUAAAAACUCAACUUGUCGUGUUUGGAGGACAAAGAAUGCUGAGUUGCAUCCAAAGAAUACCAUACCUACUGUGAAGCAUGGGGGUGGAAACAUCAUGCUUUGGGGCUGUUAUUCUGCAAAGGGACCAGGACGACUGAUCCGUGUAAAGGAAAGAAUGAAUGGGGCCAUGUAUCGUGAGAUUUUGAGUGAAAACCUCCUUCCAUCAGCAAGGGCAUUGAAGAUGAAACGUGGCUGGGUCUUUCAGCAUGACAAUGAUCCCAAACACACCGCCCGGGCAACGAAGGAGUGGCUUCGUAAGAAGCAUUUCAAGGUCCUGGAGUGGCCUAGCCAGUCUCCAGAUCUCAACCCCAUAGAAGAUCUUUGGAGGGAGUUGAAAGUCCAGUUGCCCAGCGACAGCCCCAAAACAUCACUGCUCUAGAGGAGAUCUGCAUGGAGGAAUGGGCCAACAUACCAGCAACAGUGUGUGAAAACCUUGUGAAGACUUACAGAAAACGUUUGACCUGUGUCAUUGCCAACAAAGGGUAUAUAACAAAGUAUUGAGAAACUUUUGUUAUUGACCAAAUACUUAUUUUCCACCAUAAUUUGCAAAUAAAUUCAUUAAAAAUCCUACAAUGUGAUUUUCUGGAUUUUUCUUCUUCUCAUUUUGUCUGUCAUAGUUGACGUGUACCUAUGAUGAAAAUUACAGGCCUCUCUCACAUUUUUAAGUGGGAGAACUUGCACAAUUGGUGGCUGACUAAAUACUUUUUUUCCCCACUGUAUGUGGGGUACAGAGAUGAGGUAAUCAUUAAAAAAUUAUGUCCAUGCAACUUAUUAUGUGAUUUGUUAAGCACAUUUGUACUCCUGAAUUUAUUUAGGCUUGCCAUAACAAAGGGCUUGAAUACUUAUUGACUCAAGACGUUUCAGCUUUUCAUUUUUAAUUAGUUUGUAAAAAAAAAAUAUAUAUAUAAAAAGAAAAUCCACUUUGACAUUAUGGGGUAAUAUGUGUAGGCCAGUCAAAAAAAUCUCAAUUUAAUCCAUUUUAAAUUCAAGAUGUAACACAACAAAAUGUGGAAAAAGUCAAGAGGUGUGAAUACUUUCUGAAGGCAAUGUAUAGAAUCUUCUCUAGAAGUUUGUCUCCCCUUUUCUAGUAACCUCUUUGUUGAAUAACUCUUUGUUGAAGGAGACUGUGGGCAUCGCCUUUGGAGUCAUAGGAUGCAUCAUCUCCAUAGUGACCUCCAUAGUAGCCUCUGCUUUGCCCAUGUGGAGAGUUACUGCCUUCAUCCCUCAGGUCAUCUGGGAGGGACUGUGGAUGAGCUGUUUGCUCAUGGGACAGUGUAAGUUCUACGACUCCCUCCUUCCCCAGGACCUACAGGCCUCCAGAGCCAUGACCAUCAUCGCCAUCGUCUUGGGGGUUCUGGGGGUGAUGGUCUUCAUCAUCGGAGCCAAGUGCAUCAAAUGCAUCAAAGAGGAACCAUCUAAAGCCAAGUUGAUAAUAAUCACUGGAAUAUUCUUCAUCCUGGCCGGUAUACUCAUCAUCAUCAUCAGUGUCUCCUGGACAGCUAGAUACACCACCUCAAUGAAAACUGGCAGCUGAUGGCCUCGCUCUACUUCAGCUGGGGGGCAGUGUCCCUGCUGCUGAUCGGAGGAGCCACACUGUCCAGCUUGUGCCCCCCUAGUGAGAUUGGCAUCAUUCUAGUGGAAAGUCUCCCUAUUGUCCUGUGCCAUCUAUUUAGUUGUUUCUAUUGACCCUCCAGUGGGGUCAUAUGGGCCCUGAUGAUGAUCACCUCCAUCUCAACCGUCCUGGGAGCUCUGGGAUUGAUGGGGGCCAUCUUUGGUCCAAGUGCACCAACUGCAUCAAGAGUAACUGGUCCAGGGCCAAGGUGAUGUUCAUCAUUGGAAUAUUCUUCAUCCUGGCUGGUAUCCUCCAGCUCACCACUUCGUGCUUGCCCAUUACUUGA